AUGCCUCCGAAUUCCUCACCUAAUACUGCUCUCAGUCCAAUAGACCUCCCGCAAUCCUCUCCUAAUUCCCCCGAGCAAACCGAUAGCGCACACGAUGACAACGUGAACUUCCUGCGAUCGCGACCAGCCCUUUUCAACCCUUUACUACCCUCUUUAAGUCGACAUCGUCGGCGUCGCUACCCACCAAACCCAGCCCCCGAAACCUCAGAUCGCAUGGAGGUUGACGACCCCCCAAGCAACCAGCGCGCGUCGGUUGAGAUCAACCGUCGCAUCCCUAUCGUUCGCCGCGGAGAACCCCCGACCGAGAUGCCAAACUACGAGGGUCGCAUGGCAAAUCCACGGUCGUUGUAUGGCUGGGCGCCUGGGUCCGACGAUGAAGAUGCUCCCGGUCAAGGCGACGAAGAAUCAGAUGACGACCAGGUGCAGCCAUUUCUCAACGCCAUCUCAACCCGCGACUCGGCCCCAUCGCGACCUUUGCGACACGAGACUUCAGGUCCGUCACCACUGGUAGAAGCAGGACCGGAACUCGAUGCCUUGGCCGCCCGUCCUCGAUCCAGGCAGCCACCAAUCUCAGCAAUGGCAGCACUGCUACAGUCCGCAAGACGCCAGCCCCGGCUCUCACGAACUCGCACUCUCGAAAAUUACCUACUGGAACGCUACUCAGAUCAAAGUCAGGAAUCAGAGGACCCCGAUCACACGGUGGCGUCUGCAUCUCGCGCUUACCGCUAUCGUCCUUCCAACCGCACCGACUCCCAUAAUACCCUCACACAUAACGACCUGCGCGCUCGCGCUGCCGCUCAUCGCCAGUUACAUUCUGAUAGCUUCUCCAGCAAUGUCUUGAAAGAAACGAUCAACUACCUCGACCGCCUCCGGUACUCCACCUCUCUCGAAGAGAGCAUGCUCGCCGCCGCUGACAGCCGGUUACCUUUCGAUAUGGACAACAAGUCAUGGACAGAUACCGAUUUCAUUCUCUAUACCCCCAAUAUUGCGCCUCCGCCGGAAUGUUCAUGGCUUCGAUCUGGUAUGGCCUUUUCGGGCUGUCAGCGAGCUGCGAGCGCCGGGUGCUCAGUAUUACCGCAACGAGUAGCUAGUUCGCACGCCCCUGGUGAACCGGUUAUUGUGAAUGGCAGUGACAGUGCUCGGAUCAGCGUCUCUACCACCAGUGGUCGCAGGUAUUUGGCUAACAACCGUGAUGAAAAUUGGCCCGUCAAAGUCACCAUCCAUGACAUCAAUCACGAUGACAUGACUUUGUCUGGAACGAUGGAGGCCUACAACAUUCCUGACAAAACGUCGCCUACCCACGAUGCACACAUUGUGACGUUCUUGGAGGGAGAAAUCAUCGAUUUCAACAAGCACACCCUGGAGACCAAGAACUUCAAAGCAGAUGCCGAUAUUGACAGUACCUACUGGCGAGAACUGCAGCCAUUCAAGGAUCUGACAGAUGGAGAGAUGGCUCAGAAGCUUGUGAGCCGAAAGUGGAUCACAGAGGAACUAUCUCAGGGUUGGAUCUUGAUGCGAUGGAAGGAACGAUGCUUCGUCACUCCCACCGACGCCCGACAAGGUCUGACAAUCUCUGGGUUUUACUACAUUUCCCUUCGCCGCGAGGAUGGGCAUAUCGAGGGUCUAUAUUACGAUCCCGGAAGCUCUCCUUAUCAGCAGCUUUCUCUGAAGCCACAAAGGCCGAAAAUGAUGAGGCCCUCUUAUGGAUUCCGCUAA